UAUUAUAUUAUUUUGCGGCAUUUCCUUUGUUCGAGUAUACACACACACUACACACUACAUACAUAGGUAUAGGUAGAUAGGUACCCGAAGCGCCAGGUGUUUUUCAUGGACAACGGAUACGUAACUUAAGCAGCCGCCUUCCUUCAUCCUUAAACACGUACACGCACACUCACCCCUGUUGCCGUUCGCACUACCACCAAUCACCGACAACCGUCAGUUUUCAGCUGCUGCUGUUGAUGUUUGACGAAGCUUACAGUGCGUACACAAUCAACUGAGUACAGUAAACUCGCAGCCCGGUCGUUUUACGUAUGCAUGUGCGUGCCCAGGAAUCCACCGGAAGUGCCUCUUCGUCUUCUCCUCAUACGUCGUCAUCGUCUUCGUCUGCGUCGUAAAAGUCCGAGUCCAUCCGGUUUUUCUCGUUGCCACCCUAUAGCCAAGCCCUUUGCCACGGGCAGACGCUGUCCACAGGUGGUUGCGACUCGUCCAUCGCGAUCCGUGUCAAGGACGUUGCGUUGUGAAACCAUCCUCUCGCCCCGUGUGCGUUGUAUAUUGUAUGUGCAAUCCGCGCGUCAUUUACUCUGUCAUCUCGUCCCGAUUUUGUUGAAACCAGCAAUCCACAAACUGCUCACGUCGACUGUCACCACCAUGGUGUCACCACUAUCCCGAUUGCAGUCCAAAACGUUCCCUGCUAUGUCUUCAAUGCUACAGGAAAAGGAAAACUAUGAGGAGCUCAAUCAGAUAGGAAAUGGAGCAUAUGGUACCGUGUACAAAGGCCGAGAUCUUGUCAAUAAAGGAAAAUUUGUAGCCAUGAAAAAGAUAAAAAUUCCAUUGGCCCAAGAUGGUGUACCAAUGACUACUCUUCGUGAGAUUGCUCUACUCAAGCAACUUGAUCAACAACAACAUCCAAAUAUUGUCAAACUUUUGGAUGUGGUACAUGGUCCGAGACUAUAUAACGAGAAAUGUAUGACACUUUAUUUGGUGUUUGAACACAUUGAACAAGACUUAGCCACCUACAUGGCACGAUGUCCAAAACCGGGAAUGUCUUCUGAAAUCAUUAAGAAUGUUAUGCGACAAAUAUUAUCAGGAGUUGACUUUCUUCACUGUAAUCGUGUUGUACAUCGUGAUCUCAAACCACAAAACGUUUUAGUGUCAAGUGACCUCAGAAUUAAAAUUGCUGAUUUUGGUCUAGCCAAAAUAUAUGAUUUUGAUAUGAAGUUGACCUCAGUUGUCGUAACAUUAUGGUAUCGAGCACCUGAAGUUUUAUUAGGUUUACCUUACGCUACUGCAGUUGAUGUCUGGGCCUGUGGCUGUAUAAUGGGAGAGAUGUACAAAUUAUCUCCUUUAUUUGAUGGCGAAUCUGAAGCUGAACAGUUAGAUAGGAUAUUUAGGGUGAUUGGUCUACCAUCUGCAUUAAAUUGGCCAAAGAACGUUUCUCUAUUGAGGAGUUCUUUUGAGUCUUAUCCACAGACUUGUUUGAAGACUGUAAUCCCUGAUAUAUGUUCUAAGGGAACAGAUUUGUUAAUGAAAAUGUUGAUGUUUGACAGUACUGAACGAGUGUCAGCUCGUGAGGCUUUGAAACAUCCAUACUUUAAUGAAACAUAAAUUUGAUUUUAUCUUCCUUAGAGACUAUUAAUAAGUUUAUUUUAAAGCAUGCAGAUACUUAGUUUGUAUGAGUCUAAGCAAUGUAUAAGUUAUUAUACUUAACAGUAUUGCAAGUCUCGAAGAAAAUUAUAAUAUUCCUAAUUAGAAGUUACAAUUUGAGUUCCAGUGUGGUUAACCAUUUGCGUAGAACAGUUACCAAAAUAUUAUAACCAAUACAUAUUUUUUUACCAACUAAUUAAUUUUAAGAUCUCUCACUGUUUAUAUCCAACUUUGGAUCUCAAAGUUUCGUAAUUGACCAUACAUUUUGAAAUUUAUUUUUAUUUUGCUCAAUGACCAUACUUUUAAUCAGUAAAUCAAAAGACUUGCCAUUUUUCUGUCUUUACUGACUUACUUUUCCGUGUUAACUUCCUUUUGUCUGUACUUGUCUAAUUUAAGGUUUUUUCUAGUAUUUUUCAUUUUGUGCACUGAUUGGAUUAUAGUGCGAAAAAUGCAUUUUUAUUUCUUUAUGAUAUUUUGUACAUAUUUUAUCUUGUGUAUUUUGAUGAAUAGCAUGGGUUUUGAUUUUUAAAAUUGGGUCUGUACCUCAUUUUUUUUAAUUUAAAAUUAUUUUUUAUCUUCCUGCUUUUUUUUUUAAUUUUAGUUGUUUCAGUCUUAAAAUAUACUUUUAUGUUUAGAUAUGAAAUAAAUGGACUGUUUAUUCUUAAA